AUGGAGACUCCGGUUUCGGGUUUAGGCAAUAUAGGAAUGGAAAAGGAAGGGGAAAGGAGGAAAGGGAAAAGAAAACGGAGAGGAAGUGGGAGAGAAUGGGGAACAGCAAGGUGGGAACAGAAUGGUAUGGGAAGGGGAAAGGGGGAUGAGAGGAGGAGGAAGGGGGCUGGGGCUCUGCUCCGCAUGCGAACCUCUUCCUUUCUAAUAAGGCGCCAGCAGCGGCACGGAGACAGCGCUGCGAGGCGCGUGCGCAACACGGAGGCGUGGGAGGCCGCCAAAGCCGCCAUCAUCAAGGACAUCGAGGCGCGAUGCGCGGAGGCGGCGGGGGUUCCGGCGGCGGUGCGCGAGCGCGUGAGCGUGAUGCCUCUGGAUCUAGCGUCGCUCAAGUCGGUGCGCGCGUUCGCCGCGGACUAUCUGCGCCUCAACCGCCCGCUUCACCUGCUCAUGUGCGCGCGGAGGGGGAGGGGGAGGGGGAGGGGGAGUCUGGGAAUCAUUCUACCUUUCCUCUUUACUUCAUCUGCUCGUCCAGUCCCUUUCCCCCCUCGACGCACCCACCCCACUGUCCCCUUUCCCUCCUCGCUUCCCAUCCCACGACCCCUCCUCACCCUCCCCACCAAUCCCCCAUCCCACAACCCCCCCUCACCCGCCCCACCAAUCCCACCACGGCCCAUCCAACCUCACCCAACCCCUCCCCACUCCACUCCACUGGGCAGCAACAAUGCGGGCGUGAUGAUAUGCCCUUUCAUGCUUACAGCGGACGGGUAUGAGAACCAGUUCGGCACCAACCACGUGGGCCACUUCCUGCUGACCAACCUGCUGCGGCCGAAGCUCAAGGAAACCGCCAAGCAGGAGGGUGCAGAGGCGCGCAUCGUGAUCGUCUCCUCCGCCGCCCACCAGUUCCCGUACCCGGGUGGCAUCCGCUUUGAUGCCAUCAACGCCAAGGAGGAGUACGACUCGAUGAAGGCGUACGGGCAGUCCAAGCUCGCUAAUGUCCUGCAUGCUAGAGAGCUGGCACGACGGCUCAAGGAGGAAGGCGCAGGUGUGACUGUGAACGUGUUGCACCCGGGGGUGAUCGACACCAACCUCUCGCGCCACAUAGCGCCGCCGGGGACCAUCUGGCACACCCUCGGACGGGGAGCGUACAGCCUGGUGUUCCAGUGGUUCAUGAAGACCAUUCCUCAGGGUGCGGCCACCUCAUGCUUCCUGGCGGCGCACCCCUCAGUGGCGGGUGCAAGUGGGGGCUACUAUGCAGACGCGCGGGCAGCUGAGGGCAAGGCGACGGUUUUGAGCAAGGACAUGGAGCUGGCUGGGAAGCUGUGGGAGCUGAGUGAGCAGAUGGCGAACAAGGAGUAA